GCUCACAAAUCGACGUCAUUCUUAUUGUUUAUAAGGGGGAGGUGAGUCAUCGACCACACAUUUUAAUUUUUUUUUUUUUGUAUGAACGACCCAUUUUUUAUUUCAAAGCAAGAUUGUCAUUCGAAAGCAGACAAAGUGUAUGAUGACUGGGAACAAAGUCUCAAGUCUCUAUUGUUGAAUAAAAACUUGCACGAAGAGACGCAAAAGACAGCUAAACUGUUCACGCGCCUGGACUCCUUGUCAAAGACCACAAAGAGUUCUUUAGAAAAGACCCAGAAAGUUCUGGACGGAUUGUUGGAUACAAAAUUGGAUAUUUUGGCUACUACAAAGAGUUUUCAUGAGGUACAAAACUUGUUGCAUUUAACACCUGUAGUUAAGGCGCAUUGGCCAGUCGGAUAAUAAAAUUCUAAAAAGUCUAUCUGUGGCUUUUUGUCCAUUUUGUUUAUUUUUUCCCUCUUCUUUCCUUUAUUAUUUCCCUAAUGAGUCAACCCCAUGAAGACCACCAUGUCCAAACACAACCACCACAGCAACCAGUGCCACAACAACACCAAUACCAACAACCAUUAAACCCCACUGCUCCUGGUGGUCAACCUGUAUUUGACUUGGGCAAGUUUUGGCAAGAAGAAAUGCAUAAUGCUGAGACUUUUGAUUCCGAUUUCAAAAAC